UGAAUAUACUAAAAUUGCCAUAGUAAUGAUUCAAAUAUAAAAGGAAAAAGUCAACUUUGUUAGACACAAUACAUUAUAACUUUUUGAAUAAUUCAAAUUAAAUGAGCCGAUCUAAUCUAAGCACCCAAAAAUUAACUAACUGCACAUGUGUAUGCAUCACAACUCGGUUUGUAAUAAAAUAAUACACCAAAAUCGAGUAAUCAGCGUUGAUGUCAAUUUACGUGUGCAGAUUGAAUAUUUCCAUAAAUAAAAACAACAUAUAUGUAUAUAUAGUAUAUGCAACUGAAAAUAUUUGAACUAGUCGUCUAAUGAAAUAAAAAGCAAUGAGAACAAUAUUUUAAUGAAAUAUAUAUUUUCUAAAUAAGUUGACAGUAAACAUAUAUGUACUGAUGCAUGUAUAUGAAAAAUAUAAUAGCAACCCUUGGUUGAAACUGGUAAUUAAAUUAAUUUUUUUUUAGUUGUGGGGCGAGUGUGACACGAUCCAGGUCUAUAAAUACUCAUCAGUUGCAAAGAAGAAGGUCAAAGCAAAAAAACAAAAAUAUAUUCAUAAUCCCACAAACACAUUAGCAACAUAUAUAUACAGACAAUAUAUAUCUAUAUAUAUAGCCGCAAGAAAAUCAGAGGAUUAUAUAGGAGGAUGCCUUGUCUUGAUAUUUCAACCAACGUUAGCCUCGACGGAGUCGACACCGAUUCCCUCUUCUCCGAACUCACUAAAGCCGUUUCUCAGAUCGUCGGAAAACCCGAAAACUUUGUGAUGAUUAUGGUGAAAGAAUCAGUAGCACUUACAUUUGGAGGGAACAAAGAACCAGCUGCAUUGGCUGAAAUCGUGUCAAUGGAUGGAAUUAAAACUGAAGUUAAGAGAAAGCUGAUUGUUACAAUUGGUUCCAUUUUAGAAAACACGCUUUCUAUUCCUAGGACAAGAUUUAUUCUCAAGGUGUUUGGUGCAACAAUGGCCCCAAAAAUUUCCAAAUUGUAAUGCUACUUACACUAUUUAAAUUAUUUUUUGUAACUUUUAUUUUUUAUUUGAAAUAAAAUUCAUGAAUUAAUUUUUU